UGUCAGCUGUGCCCAUGACGGUGUAUCGUUGCCUUAGUCAACGGAUCGUUUGAACCCAAAGAACCGAAGAGUUCUGCGGAAGCGCUGAUGGAAACCACCAGAAAUUAACAAACGAUUUAUUGCAAGCUGGCGCCGCGCCGAGUCCGACACAGCACACACGCGGGUGUGAACAUGUGUCUGCUGAUGCUGACCUUCUCGGGCGCGGCGGCCAUGAUGGAGGAGCUGCCGCUGACGCCCGACCAGCUGGACCCGCUGCUGCCGGCGGCGGCGGGACGGCACGGACCGAGGUCUUCCGAAAACUCCGCCGGACCCAUCCUCAUCAAGGACCAGGGAGUGAUGCCUCUUCACAAGUACGACAUGGUAUUAACCUUCUAUCUGACUGUGUUGAAUAAUGGUCACGGCCCAUUGGAGCUAAGAGCAAACAUGAAGCAAUGUUGCCAGCAUUUCUCCGUGCAGGAUGCUGAGUGUGAGUCGAUGCUGCUCAUAGGAGGCUACAUGGGAAUCCUGUCACCCGGCCACACGACCAACAUCACCCUGCUCUUCCCCAACCUGUACAUCUACAACCGGGUGGGCGAGUGUGAGAUCACCAUCCGCUACAACGACCACUCGUUCCAGCACACGGUGCACUUCAACACCUCGGUCAGCCGUUACGGUCCCGUCUCGGCCGUCACGGAAGACUACUAUUCACCGUACGACGUCAGCACGUGCGUCUCGGUUGACCAGGACCCGCUGAACGGCUGCUCUGCCGUCAACUGCUUCCACAAGUACAACGGUCACCGCAACUACUUCAACCCGAGCAAGCUGCGCUGUACGCCCGUGCCCCGCUGCGACUCGACCAAGCCUCAGAGCCCUGGCUCCCUGCCCACCAUGGCGUACGUUCCGGAGAGUAACCAGUGCCGCCAGCUCAUGUCGGCCCUCACCGAGGAGGACCUCCAGUUCUUCCACGACGCGGCCAAGGGGGAGGUGCUCCGCUACGACAAGAACCGACCCCAGAAUGUGGAAUGCCACCACGGCCGGCUGGACGACGAGCUAUGGUGCGUCUGCGACAAGGGGUGGAUGUCCUCGCCCCUGGACCGGGCUUCCUUCCAGCCGUCCUCCUCCGUCUACCACAUGUGCAACAUCAAGGUGGUGAAGCCGUCAGACGAAGCGGCGCAGAACAGGGCCGCCUCCAACUGGCUCUUCACGCUCGCCAUCGGCUCCGUGAUCGUGGGCCUGCUGUGCAUAGCGCUGACGCUCUACUGCGUCCAGUGGUGGAUGGACCACCGGCACCGACGUGCCGAGUCCCGGCCGGCCUCCGAGGAGCUCGUGCCCCUGGCGGCGGCCGGCCGAAGCUCGCUGUCCGGGUCGGACGACUCGCUGGCCUCCGACCUUUCGCAGCGGCGGCCGACGGGGUUCGCGCCCCGCGGCAGUGUCGCCAAGAGCGUGCGCAUCGCGUCUCAGCCAACCGUGUACGGCCGAGCGGGGAGUGUGCACAGCUCGGAGCUCACGGCCACCGACACAGAGUAG